UUGUGAAAUGAUUUUUUAAUGUCUCUAUUAGAAAGAAAAAUUCUCUUUCCUUCUUUAUGCCAAGUAAAACUUUUUAUUUUUUAAAAUAUAAGUAAUUUGUAGUUCAAUAUUUGACUUUGGGGAAAAUUUGUUUGCUUGUAGAAUUCUCUCAAGGAAUCAUUGCAAGAAUUAGCUGAUCAGCUAAUUAAUUAGGAAUUUUUGAGUUCGGGGAUGGCUGGAAUACCAGCAGAUGAUCGAUUUAGGCCUCCAGAUCCAUCUACAGUGGUGUGGAAUCCUAUUGUGCAGUCAUCAAUACACGAAGUGACGGAAUCGUCGUCCACCUUUUCGCAGUUGAGGGAAGAGAAGAUCCAUACUGCUACAGUGGAGGCGGACAUGGACGAAUCGCGUUACAAUUAUGACAUAUGUCAAAAAACUAGUGGUUUGGAAGGAGAAAUACCGAUGGUUGAUGAACAGGCGGGAUUAAAAAGGCGCACAUCGCAGGAGAGAGAAACAGCGCAAUCGUCUCAAAGUAGAUCAACCAAUCGGAGGAAAUUAGAAAAGGAACUGGUAAUGGUGAAUCGUUUCAUGUACUCGAUGCGCAUAAUCAACAAAUUGGGGAGGCGAGGGGAGUUCAAAUUACUGAAUCGCGAAAGGAAGGAGAGCUUGUCGAAUCUCAGAUUAGGAUUCAAGAUUAAGAAAUUCCAUCUGGUCAACAGCAGCAAGAAUCGCAGAGGAUGAAUCGAGAAAAUCGAUUGGUUCAACAACAUCAGCAUAUGGCCAGUUCAAACAAAGAAAAAGAAUGAAAUCUUGAUUAUCAACGACCUGCAAAUACUCGAGAUACAACAGGAUGAAAUCAAGGUUCGAAGGAAGCCAUUCAUCCUUCUAUGUAUUGGCAGGCUGGUGAGUCUUCUAAAUCUGCGAUGCAUAUCAGUAGAUCAGAACAUGUCCAAGCAAGAGUUGGAGCAGGAACUGGAAACACAAAUCUAAGAAGUCUAUUACUUCAUUGGAGAAGCCUGCCAGUACAUAAUGAGGUACAAAAAUUAAUUUUUCACAUUCUACCUAACUUUAUUUGUUGGAAUUUGUGGAAAAACAGGUGUUCUGUUAAAUAGGGGGGCAAACAAUCAAGUAUCCAAAGAGUGGAAUAUGCUAUUUUUAAAGAUAUCAUGCAGGCUAUACAUGUAGCUUUUCCUAACAUACCAUGGCAGCCUAGCUGGGACAGAUUGAUCAACAUUGCUGAUCAUUGUCAACAACAGCUUAAGGUAACCAAGUUUAGUUGGGAAAAGCCAACAAUAGGCAUAUAAAAACUAAACACUGAUGGAAGUGCAAUACACAACUCUGGUCAAAUAGGUGGAGGGGGAAUAUUAAGGGAUCAUCAAGGUAAAUUGAUUUAUGCUUUUUCUAUUCCUUUUGGUUUUGGAACUAACAAUUUUGCAGAGAUCAAAGUUGCCUUGAAUGGACUCAACUGGUGUGAUCAACAUGGUUACAAGAAGAUUAUUUUGGAAGUAGAUUCUAAAUUAUUGAGUAAAUGGAUAACUAAUACAAUAUGUCUACCUUGGAGAUGUGAACAAGCAGUCCAAGAAAUUCAAGAACUCAGUAACAACAUGGAAUACUUUCAAUGUAAGCAUGUCUAUAGGGAAGCAAAUGGCACUGCUGAUCUGCUUGCUAAAUGGAGUCACAAGUUGGAUAUUAUACAUCAUUUUUACACUUCUCAACAACUAGUUGGAGCAAUUAGAGGAAGUUACAUAUUGGAGAAAAUGGGAAUGCAAUUCUUCAGAAGAAGAAAGUUGAAGAGAAUUAAGCAACCACCAUAGUAUUCAAUAAGAUAAGAAUGGAAUAAUGGCAAGGAUGGAUUGAAAAUCUGUUCAAUUAUAGGUAGUUGAAUAGGUUAUCUUUUUUAAUUAACUUUUCUUGUAGAGGGAGAGUCUCCCUUAUUCAUGUAUUCUUAAAAACUUUGUAUUAUGAGAGGAGUCCUCUCUAGGUGCUUAGUUUUAUUAGAUUACAACACAUUGUAUGGGGUUAAGUUGAUAAACCUUAGUAGGUAAAUCAACUAUAUACCCACCAUAGGAUAGGAGGUAAGGUUUAUGUUCCCCUCCAUGUAUAUUUUUUGCUAUAAUAAAUGAUAAGGCCUGAGGGUGUUGCUCAGCCCCUGACCCACCACAAGGGUCGUUUACC